UCUUUUUUCAGAUGUACGCGUCGAGUGUCGAAAGACGAAUCGGAGAAAUACGCACGAGUCAGCUCGCCAAGGAACGAAGAGUCUGACGUUAAUGUCGGAAAAGCUCAAUCAAUGGUAUCUAGCAAGAAAUGUCUGUCAUCGACGCAUCUUAGCGAUUUUGACGAGAAAUUGGAAAAAUACAAUUCGGCAAAUUCUCCGAACAACUCUGAACAAACGCAGAAAUCUCAAGAGAAACAUAUGAUUAAUUCUCAAGAAUGUACAAAACGAUCAAAACAAUUAUUAAAACAACACGUCAAAUUAACUCGCUCGAAAACGACAAAGGGUGACGGAAGUGCCUCUCACAAGUGUGAAGAAUGCGGAAAAGUUCUUUCUACAUCGUAUAAUCUGCUAAUUCAUCAUAACAUUCACGCUGGCGUACGGCCGUACAUUUGUUCCAUUUGCAACAAGAGUUUUCGAUCAGCGUCUGGUCUGAACAGACACGUGCGCGACGUCCAUGACGGCGUUAAAAAUUUCGCCUGCGAUAUUUGCGGUCGUCAUCUUGCCUCGAGAGCAUCGAGGGACGAGCACAGGCGCACUCACUCCGGUGAGAGGCCUCACGUAUGCGAGACUUGUGGCAAAUCCUUCAAGCAGAAGGCGUCCCUGCAUGUGCACCGACUCUACCAUUCAAAGAUCCUGCCAUAUCGUUGCGUUCUGUGCGACCGCGGUUUCAGAAGAAAACAAGAAUUGGACAAACACGCGAUCUGGCACUCUGGUCGAAAGCCGUAUGUCUGCGAUAUCUGUGACGAAUGUUUCCGCAGCAAAGGUUGCAUCACCCGUCAUCAACGCACUCAUACCAAUCAACGCUUGUAUGUUUGCGUAAUCUGCGGCGCCAAAUUUACUCAGGAGCGAUAUCUGAAGAGACACUAUGGCAAUUUACAUACGGCUGUACGCACAUUAAAAAAUGAAGUCACACACGAGAGAAAAAUCAUCUAUAGUUAUUGCCAACGAGUGUAUAAGAAGGGAGAACGGAGAAAUAAAAUCAAUCCAAUCCAAACUAAAACGUCCAAUGUAAUCGAUGAAAAUUCAAAAAAUAUUUUUUUUCCUGCAGAUAAUAUCGAUAACGAUACAUCAACUAAAUGUUCGUCUUCCACAAAUACAUCAUCUACAAUGUCCUUCUCCUUGACAAAUGACAAUAAGAAGAAGAGUACAGAAGAUGAAGGUUCUAAUUCUACUAAUCAGAUGCGAACAAAUUGCACGAAAGGAACAACAUCAAACGAGGCUACGCGACAGAAUCUUAUAGCGGAAAUAAAGGAGUCCAAUGAAUAUCUAGAGAAAAAUGUCAAACAAUUCAAAUCCAAAAAAGUUGUGUGCACCAGUCCGUCGAUAGUUUGCAAAUUUUGUAACAAGAAGUUCCGUUCACGCAAAAAUCACUGGGCUCACGUACGCACACACUCGAGUGAGAAAUCAUACACAUGCCACAUCUGUGGGAAGCAAUUUGUUCAGGGUGGUAGUCUAUAUUAUCAUCUGAAACACGUGCAUGACGGCGUGAAGAAUCACACCUGUGAUAUAUGUGGUCGCAGCUUUGCCAUGAAGACUGCCAUGGAAGACCACCGACGUAUCCAUACUGGUGAACGCCCGUAUGUGUGCCACACGUGUGGCAAGACGUUCAAAACCAAAGCAUCUCUCUAUAUACACAGUAAGAUCCAUACAGACGAGUUCCCGCACAAGUGUACUUAUUGCGCGAAAAAGUUCCGUUGGAGACAACAAAUGUUGGGUCAUCUGACAGUACAUACAGGUGAAAAAAAUCAUACGUGCGACGUAUGCGGUAAGAGUUUUGGCGUAAAGAACGACCUAACCAGACACAAACGCGUCCAUUCCGAAGACAAACCGUAUACGUGUCAAAAAUGCGGUAUCAGUUUCGGUCAGAAACGUUAUCUCAAAAGUCAUGAACGCUUAAAGUUAGGGACGUGCGGGUACUCGCAAAGUGAACUCCGAGAUUUAUGUAAAAAUCGUAUCGAGUUUGAUUAGUGUCAUCGAAUAGUUAGGGUCGGAUAAAUAAAAUUUAAUAUAAAUGUUC